AGAGUUGACGGUCAGUCUCGCCCUGUAAAGUAUAAACACUCAUCGAGUGAAAACAAGAGAAAUGGAAGCGAGGGUGUUCUCGCUAACAUGCGCAGCGCCUCCGCUUUCACCGACGCCAUCGUCAUCUUCCUCGCAUACAAGGCUCUGGUCCUCUCAGUUGAAGCCAAAAUAUGUUUCAGUUUUGAGGAAGAGCAUGAAAAAGGAAGAACCAGUAUUAGAAGGUCUUCCCAAAGAGUACUACGACGAUGAAUGGCAAGCUCAGCAAAGGGAGAAGACAAAGGAGCUCAAUCGAAGGCGCCAAGAGGAAGACGAAGAGGAGGAGAGGAAGGUUGAAGAGUAUAGGGAGAUUGGCAUGAGAUUGAAGGAUUAUCCUGAAGAAGAUGUCCGAAAUGCUCGGAAGCUGAUUUCAAGCUUUAUCAGAGCAGCUGAAGAAGUGGAAGAGAAAAUUGAGGAAGCUGCUGAGAAAGGGGAACUGACUGAACUUGUUUUGAUGGUCAUAUGGAAUCGCCUUGACCUCGCUCGACGUGAUGAUGAAAAGGAUGUUAUUAGAAGUCUCGAUUUGCUAUACAGAAGGGUCGAGGCUGAGAUUUUGAAAAGGGAGGCUACUCCUGCGAUGAGACUGCUCAACGAUCUUUUGAAUAUGCAUGAUGGGUUCGAUGGUGAAGGGUGGCUGAAGGAAUGCAAAAAGCGCAUGAUUGAUACUUUUCCGCGAGAGGAUCCAUUUAGCAUUCUUGUUCCAGCAGGAUUUGACAUUGAUAAGCACGAAGGACCACUCAGGCUACCAGUUGAAGCUGAUGAUGCUCUGUUGAGGGUAGACUUUGUUAGAGAGGUCGAUGCAUUGCUGCAAGAGGUUCGGGCUGAGCAAAGUGAAGUACAAAAUGAAGCACAAAAUGCACAAGGGCUUGAUCCUGAAGCCAUUGCUAAUCGGUUGAAGCAGCAGGAGAAGCAACGUGCCAUACGCUUGGUAGAAUCCAUACUAGACCUGGCCAUCAAUUUGCAGUGGUAGCAAAAUUAUUUUAUACUAGCUUUUUCUAUUUUCUUGGUGAAGGGGUAAAGGGUUUUUCGUUGGCUUGAAAAGAUCAAAGAUUAUUCAGUGAAAAUUAAUGAUUUUAUUGCUUUAA